AUGCUUAAGGUACCUGAGAUCGAAGACCUAAUCAUCGAAGCAAGGAAAAUACACGAGCAGCUUGGUGUCACAGUUCGAGGUAUAGAUGCUGGGGCGAUCAAAUAUACGAAGGUUGUUUAUUAUUUUCUAUACCACAAUAUGUGUGUCCUAACUCAACUAUUUAUACACUUAUUAGGCUAUCUAGAAUAUUCCUUCCUGUCUGAUACUAGCCUCUGUUAUGUUUCCCUGAUACCAGUUCACAGUCUCAACGCCAGUUGCUAG